CCGGGUGAAGCAGCGCUAGUGUUCUGUGUCGUGAACACUAACACGGUUACUAGAAUGUUUUUCUUAUUUGAAUGCCCGGUUAUUGUUUGAUAUUAUAUACUUAAAAUGGAUAUAAUUAAAGCUGAGAUCGCCAGGAAGAGGAAACUCCUCGAAGAAAAGCAGCUUGUUGACGACUCCAAAAAGUACUUCAAAAGAUGCGAUCUCGCACGCAAGGAGCAAGAGGACUACUUCCGAAGAUGUGGCUAUAAGGUUCAAAGAGAGCCUCCUGACAGUCAGAUUGACAAAAAGGAGGAGGAUGAAGCAGCCACCUCAGCUAAUCCAGUGCUGGAGCUGGAACUGUCAGAAGAGAAGCUGCCGAUGACACUGUCACGACAGGAGGUAAUCCGGCGACUUAGAGAACGAGGGGAGCCAAUCCGACUGUUUGGAGAGUCCGACUAUGACGCCUUCCAACGACUGCGGAAGAUUGAGAUUCUGACUCCAGAAGUAAACAAGGGUUUGAGGAAUGACCUGAAGGCUGCCAUGGACAAGAUUGACCAGCAGUACUUGAAUGAAAUUGUUGGCGGGACAGAGCCUGGAGAGGUUGACACACAACAUGACCUCAAAGUGCAUGAAGAGAACACCACAAUAGAAGAACUCGAGGCUCUUGGCAAAACCCUAGGCAGAGGAGAUGAUGAUGGAGACCAAGAUGUCAUCGACAAGUUCCUCAGUUUCCUUCUUGGAGUGUGGGCUAAAGAUCUGAACAGUCGUGAGGACCACGUGAAGCGCAGCGUUCAAGGAAAGUUGGCCAGUGCCACUCACUCUCAGACCGAGUCUUACCUCAGACCUCUCUUCAGGAAGCUCAGGAAGAAGAAUUUACCGGCUGACAUCAAAGAAUCAAUCACUGACAUCAUCAAAUUUAUGCUGGAGAGGGAAUAUGUCAAGGCAAAUGAUGCGUACCUACAGAUGGCUAUUGGAAACGCCCCCUGGCCCAUUGGUGUGACUAUGGUGGGUAUCCAUGCCCGUACAGGGAGAGAGAAGAUCUUCUCCAAGCACGUGGCCCACGUCCUCAAUGAUGAAACACAGAGAAAGUAUAUUCAGGGACUAAAGAGGCUGAUGACCAUCUGCCAAAAGCACUUCACCACGGAUCCAUCCAAGUGUGUCGAGUACAAUGCUCUCUAAUGUGAAGCUUCAACAAAGUCCACUGCAUAUGAAACAUUGUGGAUUGCCAACCUACUACAUGAUGUAAUACUUGUUGGAGAAAUUACUCUUGGGUUGGAUUUAGUGACGUUCAUCUUGCAUCUUCAGACUCGUCAAGCCCUUGACGCUCAUUAUACUGCGCCUUAGCAGAUGCUUUUGUCAUGUCUUUUCUGUAUUCAUUAAUAGCCAGCAGGGUGUUAUCUUUUAAUGGGCAGAUGAUUUUUCAUUCAGGAAACAAACCUAAGAUCUCUAACUCAAAUGAUGUAUUGACAUGAUGUGGUCUAGUGGAAGAUUCUGUAGUGUAAGUUUUAUUACACCUGUUAACCACCGCAGAGUCAAGUGUGUGUAUGGUUUGUAAUUUUCAUCUUUAAAAAGGAGAAUUUAGUAGGAAAUUGAGUAAAAGUUAAACAGUAAUAGUUGGACUGUUCUUUUCCUGCAACUUAAGCGUCAUCGUGCCUAGCUGCAACAGUUUCAUGUGGAAACAAAAUGAAUCCGGAAGUAAACACAAUCACAAAAUUGUGAAACAAAAAUGCUAAAUUUUGCUGUAAUUGACAAGCAGUUUUAAUUUUAAAAUUACACAUUUUUUUGUACAAUACCUUACUAAAUUCUCAUAAAAAUCAGGCUAUGUAUAUCAUGUAUUUUUUUUCCUUACAAAAAUAAAUGUGUACUUUUUAAAA